AUAUCGACUUUAAAAAUUUCUUUUGUUUUAUUUUAUUCUAGUUCUUUAAAAAAAAUUUAUUAUUUUUUUAUAUUUACGUCAAUUUUUUAUUAUUUAUAUAUUUUUUUAAAAUUUUUAUAAUAAAGAUUUAUAUUUUUUUAAAAAAGAAGAAAAACAUUUAAAAAGUUAUUGGUCAAAAUGAGGGAGGUUAUAUCCAUUCAUAUAGGACAAGGUGGUGUACAAAUGGGCAAUGCCUGUUGGGAAUUGUAUUGCCUUGAGCAUGGUAUUUUACCCUCUGGUGAAUUUCCAGAAGCUGAUUGCCAUAACAACCGAGAUGAGGGUUUUUCAACAUUUUUCAGUGAAACUGCAUCUAGUAAAUAUGUUCCAAGAGCAGUUAUGCUGGACUUGGAGCCAACUGUUAUUGACGAAGUUCGUACUGGGACAUACCGCAAUCUUUUUCAUCCGGAACAAUUGAUAUCCGGUAAAGAGGACGCAGCAAAUAACUACGCUCGGGGUCAUUACAGUAUGGGAAAAGAUAUGAUCCAAUUGAUACUUGAUAGAAUAAGAAAAAUAGCUGACAUAUGUUCUGGUCUUCAGGGUUUCUUGAUAUUUCAUGCAUUUGGUGGUGGUACAGGUAGUGGAUUAACAUCCCUACUUAUGGAACAAUUAUCAGUUGAUUAUGGAAAAAAAUCAAAACUUGAAUUUGCAAUAUAUCCAUCACCUCAAAUAUCAACAGCAGUUGUUGAACCAUACAAUGCAAUAUUAACAACACACACAACACUUGAACAUUCUGAUUGUGCAUUUUUAGUUGAUAAUGAAGCAAUAUAUGAUAUAUGUCGUAGAAAUUUAGAUAUUGAUAGACCAACAUAUACAAAUUUAAAUCGUUUAAUUGGACAAAUUGUAUCAUCAAUAACAGCAUCAUUAAGAUUUGAUGGUGCACUUAAUGUUGAUUUAACUGAAUUUCAAACAAAUCUUGUGCCAUAUCCAAGAAUACAUUUUCCAUUGGCAACAUAUGCACCAAUUGUAUCAGCUGAAAAAGCAUGUCAUGAAAGUAUGACUGUUAAUGAAUUAACAAUAGCAUGUUUUGAUCCGGCAAAUCAAUUGGUUAAAUGUGAUCCAAGACAGGGUAAAUAUAUGGCAUGUUGUUUAUUAUAUCGUGGUGAUGUUGUACCAAAAGAUGUCAAUGCAUCAAUUGCAACAAUUAAAACAAAAAGAACUAUACAAUUUGUUGACUGGUGUCCAACUGGAUUUAAGGUAGGAAUAAAUUAUCAACCACCAACUGUAGUACCCGGUGGUGAUCUUGCAAAGGUACAAAGGGCUAUUUGCAUGCUUGCAAAUACCACAGCUAUUAUUGAACCUUGGUCUAGACUCAAUAGAAAAUUUGAUUUAAUGUACAGCAAGCGUGCAUUUGUUCACUGGUAUAUUGCCGAGACAAUGGAAGAGAGUGAAUUUGACGAAGCCAGAGAAGAUCUUGCUGCACUUGAAAAAGAUUAUGCAGAAGUUGGUAUUGACUCGACUGAAGGUGGUGAUGAAAAUGAAAUGUAAAUCGACUGACAAUAACUUGCUUAGAAAAAAAAAUAUUUUUUUAAUUAUUUAUAUUUUUACCUUUUUAUAUAACAAAUUUUUUAAAUUUUUUAAAUUUUUUUUUGUAUUAAAAUACAUUAUGAAAAUAAAA